UGGCCCUUUAAGGGCGGAUCAAAAACCUAAGAAGGCCAACUUCCGGCAGUCAGAGACACAACAGAGACACACCGUAGCGACAGUAUCAGUCACAGCACAGAGGUUGCUACCAGGGAGGAUCGAGGGAGGCCCUUCGACGAGGGCAUCAGCAGCAGACCUAACUUCGUUACACAGCGACCCAAACAUGGUGAAAAUCACCUUCCAGUCGGUCGCGGGGCAGAAGGGCGAAAAGGACAACGAUGGCGACAAGACCGAAAUUCUCAUUCCUCACCCGAUGGAUGAUGACGACGAGCUGGUCCUGCCUCUGCGUCCCAGGAAGUCCCCCCUGAACGGACUAUGCUGCCUGACCUUUGGGCUGGUGGUCUUCAUGUCCGGCCUUGUGCUGGCCUCCAUCUAUGUCUACCGCUACUACUUCAUACCUCAUAUGCCAGAGGAGAACCUGUUCCACUGCAGGGUUCUGUACGAGGACUCGGCCUACGCCCCGCUGCUGGGCCGCCAGGAGCUGGAGGAGAACGUGGGCAUCUACCUAGACGACAACUACGAGCAGAUCACUGUGCCCGUGCCCCACUUCGGUGGGAGCGACGCCGCUGACAUCAUCCACGACUUCCACAGGGGGCUGACUGCCUAUCACGAUAUUGCGCUGGAGAAGUGCUACGUCAUUGAGCUGAACACCACAAUCGUGAUGCCCCCACGCAACCUCUGGGAGCUUCUCAUUAACGUCAAGAAGGGGACCUACCUGCCCCAGACCUACAUCAUCCACGAAGAGAUGGUGGUGACGGGCAAGGUGCACAACAUGCGCCAGCUGGGCCCCUACAUCUACCGCCUCUGCAACGGCCGCGAAACCUACCGCCUGAAGCGCCGCUCCAUGCGCAGACGUAUCGACAAGCGUGAGGCCAAGGACUGCCACCACAUUCGUCACUUUGAGAACACGUUUGUUGUGGAGACCGUCAUUUGUGACGACGCAUAAACACACACACACACACACACACACACACACACACACACACACACACACACACACACACACCCUGUAGCACCCUUUCAUUUGAUUAACUGGGUAUGGUUUUUACUAAGGAGUUCCUUGAAUAAUGACUACUUGUUUUGAUAAAUGUGUAGGUCUUCAACACUCUACACCUGCUGCAAUGCCACACUCACAGUUCCAUCACUAUAUAUGUAGCAAUUUUCAACUUUGCAAAUAAGAGGAAACGUUGUGACCAUUUAUGCUUCAGGCUUCUCUGUGGGGAAUGCGUAGGGUGGUGACGGUAGUCAUGGGAGAUUACUGUUUCUAUGCGUCGUCAUUGCGACCCACUCUCCUUGCCCUGGAGACUAGGCUUGUCUCUUGGAGUUCGACAAUGGGGAAAGGAGCAGUGCGAGGCACGAUAGUUUGACCCCAUGGGAUGAAUGAUGCAGGCGUUCACAUUACUGUUGGUUACCAGCAGGUAGAGAAAAACACAGCUUGCGUUAGUUUUUCCGCCCUACACCGCCUACAUUUCCGGUUAACCCUUGCAUGCUUUCCGUUUCACUUAAGCUUCUCGCUGUAACUGAUGUGAUGAAAUCGUGUGGUUUUAGUAAGACAGAUGUAGAUAACAUCGAUCAUGAAAUGUUCGAACAGUUUAACCAAAAAAAAGUCUCACAAAAGUAACCCUGUUUUGUUUAUUGCUGCAUUAUAUCGCAAUAAGCUCACCUCAGCUUCAUUACCAUCCUUAAAAUUUUUUUAGGAGCUUUGUUUUGCACUUUGAAUCGAUAAAGUUGUCUAUCCCA